AUGAUCAAUGAACUCAAGAUCAUUAUUCACUUAAUCUUCAUGAGCCGCCAGUUCAUCCGCCUCAAAAAGUGGUACAUAAACCAGACACAGGAGAGAGAUACCUUUCUUGGUUUCCUCAAGGACGCCAGUGAUUUUGCAAGACAGCACAGAGCAUUUCGGAAUGCGAUGCGAAUAGGGUAUGCUACAAAACGAACGGUAAUAGCACCUAUGCUUCGACUUGGAAAACACCACAACUGGACUCCUUUUGAAGAAGCAGCCAGACUAUACGAAGCCCAAGACAAGAACUUAUUGCGGAGAAUAUGUGCUACUGAAGAACAGACAAAUGAGAGCUGGCGAACAAAGCUUGAACCUUGUGAAACAAUGCAUGAGUGGACUGAAGUCCCUUGGUCAAGCAUAUUUGAUCUCGCACCAUUCAAGACAGAAUUCAAUAUUACGAUCCUAGAGAGAGUGGAUGGUCACGGCUGGGGAACGCAUGAAUCGGUUCUCGGUAGAAUACCAUCGGAGGACGUUGUGGUGGUUGAUCCACUGAGUUUUGAAACCAAUGGGACCGAAUGGGACACGACAACUAAAAAACCACCAGUUAAGAAAACUUGGUAUCAACGUAUGUUUGCAAAACCAGUACCCCAGGGAAGGCGGCAGUUGAAACGAGUAAUGAAGCCAUAUCAGAUUGACGCUAUUAAGCAUCGAUUUAUACAGUUUGGUGACAUAUCUUCAUCUGGGAGAUUCCAAACACGUAGUUCGCCUGGUCAGACAACUCUAAACCGUGCAAUGAUGAAGCAUUUAUUCUUGGCACCCGAUCAGCUCAAAGGACUAAAGGUUGAGGCUGAUAAAGUGAUAGCUACUUUGGGUGGGCCAGAAGGAUUCAACUCACUUCAUUUGAGUCUCAACAAGUUAGUGGCGAUGGAUAGUAGAUUUACUUCGAGAUCAUUAGAAGUGUCAGUGGCCGAUCUAGAUGCUUGGGAGCGCAAGGAAUUGAUGAAUUCAGUUAUGCUAGAGCUUGUUGGGGAUAUUCCAAUCGACCAAGCAGUAUCUGCUGCUAUGCCGAUUCGACCAUCCUGGUUAAAGGAAAUUUUUAAUACCCAGAAUAUGACUGUAAUGAACAGAAGACCAAUGCUUGAUGCAUGUCUUGAAUACAGGCAAUCUGUUGAUCCCCAUUAUCCGAUCCAUUAUUUAGUCAAUGAUGUAGGAGAUCCUGAAGCACACAUUGGUCUAUUUCGUCCCCUUUUUGAACUCUUUCCGUGUACAUUUUCGCUCUACGAGAUUAAUCAAUGGCGAAUCACAGAUAUGUCAUGGACACGACUCCACCCAGAGCUAAAAGACACUGUUGAUUAUGCUACAAUGUUUGAGCCGAUCUUGGAUAUUCUUGUGGCUUCUAAAGGUUAUUCCUUCUUUGAAAUGCCAGAAACUCCACUGACUCGUCUGAUUGCAUGGCAGCCCAAAUGA